UUUAUUUAAUUAAUUAAAUAUUUAUAUUAAUUAUAUUUAUGUAUUAUGAUUUAUAAAAGUAACAGAUUUUUGUAUGUAUUAAUCUUAAUUUACAUACACAUUUUUAACGUUUGUCAAAGCACAAUUUCAUUUCAUGGUCAUAAAAAUGAUGCAUAUGAGGAAUUUGACAUUACUACUAUUUAUAGAAUCACAGAUAUGUCUUUAUUCAACAGCAACAACGAGACAGAUGGAUUCAUGAAUGAUAAUUUCUUAACGAACUUUAAAGAAAGUUAUUCAAUUGAAAUACAUUUAAGAACAAAUGCUAUUGGAAUGCCAUUACAAUUCGAUAAAGAUCUUGAUCUGAUGUCAACAAAUACAAAAGAAAUCACUAAUUUUGAAUCAUUUCAAAAUAAUAGUCGAAUGACCAUUUCGUAUGAUCCAAAUUCAUGGAUUAAAAAUAAAAUUAGUAACUUAAUUGGUGACGAAAGAUGUUACGACAUGAACUAUUUGCGCUAUAAUGACUAUACUACUCCUAUACCUUUAACAAUGUUGAAAUCAGAAAAUAAUUUAAUUAAUUGCUAUGACGUUUUUGAAUAUCGCUUCAAUGAUAAUUGCUUGCAAGAUUAUUCCUAUUUUGAUAAUCAACCAAACUGUACAUAUUUUACAUUUUAUUGGACACCCGAUAAAGAUCAAACAUGUUUAACUAUGACAUAUUAUAUAUACUAUCUCUGGAAACAUGAAGAUAUUUUUUCUAUCACAAUUGAUAUGUACGAUGAAAAUAAUAUGGAUGUUAUACCUUCAACCGAAUUAAAGACAUAUAAUGGUGUAAGAAACGGUAUAAACACAUUAAAAAUUACCAAUAUUGCUUUUAAGAAGAAUGAGGAAUAUAAAUUGUCAUUCAGUAUUAACCUCACGGACGCGUUCAUGUAUCAUAGUGUUAGUGAUAUUGUGCGAUUUGGACUCAUACGAGUUGCCCAAUGUUCAAGUUAUGAUGAAGAAGAAGUUCGAAUUAUUUCUGCUAAUAGUUUUUCAGACAACGUUAUAAAUCCAAUACCAUUCAACAUUCUUGGAUACGGUGUAGUAGAACGUUCCUUUGAGUCCUUAAAUCCGUGUUUAAAUGGUGGAUAUUUUACGACAUUUUCAAAAUGCGUUUGUCCUCCUGGUUUUAAAGGAAAAUUUUGUGAGACAGGGUGUGGGUUAAAUUCUUACGGAUCUGACUGUAAAGGAGUUUGUUCAAUAAAAACUGAUAAAAUGUGUCGUGGAAUGUUAAUGUGUACAAGUUAUGGGUGUACAUGUCCACCAGGACUAACCGGUCCAUUGUGUGACAAAGACUGUACAUUAGGUACAUAUGGAGCUGAUUGUAAACAAAAGUGUUCCAGUAAUUGUCUUGAUAAUACAUGUGAUCAAUACACAGGUGUCUGCUUACACGGAUGCUCAGCAGGAUACGUACUACCAUAUUGUCGUGAAAAAUAUCCAUACUUCAUUAACCAACCUACAUUGCUUUGGGUCGAACACGAUAGAAUUUACAUUGCAUUGGAUUUUCAAAAAAAUAAUAUAAAAUAUGGAGGUAAAAUGGAUCUUAAAUAUUAUCAAUUAUUUUAUAAGCCAUUAAUAGAAGAUACAUUUAGAAGCUUUAAAAUUAAAUUAAUAAGCAAUACCGACAAUAUUACAACGGAAAUUAUUAGUAACUUAGAACCGGACACUAAAUAUAAGGUUGGAGUAUUGUUAAUUGCAGAUGAUGGAAAUUUUAAUGAUCAAGAUGUAGUAUACGGUCAAUAUAAGACCACAUGUAUAGAACCUCAAAUUACUGAUUAUAACAUGAAAUUAAUUAGUGGAAUACGAAGCAUAAACAUAACAUGGAACAGAAUUAUUUCAAGUCGAUUAGAAUGCAAAGUUACAAAAUACGUUUUAACGUUAAUGUCAAGUCAAUCACUAGAUCAAAUAACUGAUGUACAAGAAAUACUAUCGAGUACAGAAAGUGGUCACUUUUUAGAUAAUCUUCUUCCAGGUUUUCAGUAUAACAUAAAAUUAACUCCUUCAACAAGUAAUGGAACGUUACCAUCCUCGCCUAUAUAUGCAUUCACUACUCUUAUGUCAAAAAACGAUGUUCAAAUAAAAAAUAUUUCUAUCAAACAUGAAAAUGAAAAAAUUAAAUUAAAUUGGAUUUUGGUAAAUUCCUAUCAACAUUAUACCACAGUUCACGAGCCAGUAACAUCAAUAAUCAGAUAUAAACUCAAACGAAUUCUUAGCUGUUCCAUAAGAGAAAUAGAACAAAAUUGGACGUCAAUAACAAUUUACAAUCAGACCAACUAUGAAAUAUUUAAUACGGUGCCUAAUUCUCAAUAUAGUAUACAAGUUUUGGUUGACAUCAAUGACAAAAAUACUACUCAACAAGGAAAUAUGAUUGACGUAUUAACACCAGCAUCAAACCCAAAAACUGAACCUAUCUUAGAUCCCGAGCAUCCAAUAUAUAUCGCAAAUGACGCUAUAUUUGUUAAAUGGCAAGUUGAUUCAGAAAAUUGCUCCAAGCUUAAUGGAUUGUUAUCACAAUUUUAUAUAGAAUUAAAGAAUAAAGUUGAUAACAUUAUACAAGUAAGAAACACAGAAAAUAAUUACAUUUCCUUUGAUGAUCUAAAGUCAAACACAACUUAUGAACUGAAAGUAUUUAUAAAAACGCACAUUGGUUAUAAUCCUGAACAUUUUCUACUCGUCAACUUUACGACUAAAUUUGAAAAUUUAAAAGCAAUUGAAGAUUUAGUAGUUUAUAAAAAGAGUUUAAAGAACCGUAUGGUAGGAUUUCGCUGGAGCUAUUCACAAGAUACAAAUUUAAAGGGAUUUAUAGUUUCGUUUAAUAAGAGUAAUUUUAUCAUACCACCACAAAAAUGCUCAGCGUGGCUAAAAUACUAUUGUCAUACAUUCUAUAAUUUGAGCCCCAGCAGUAACUACACAUUUAAAAUUAAGCCAAAAUCGAUAGAUUAUCCAGAAGGUGGUAAGGUAUCGUCAAUUUAUUUUAACAGCAUCGAUGGACAACCUGAUUCUCCAAUGAACUUUAAAACGACCAAAAUUGGUAGCACUUCUAUGUCUGUCCAGUGGGAUAUUCCAUGGAUAUUCAACGGUGAAUUGAAAAUGUUUAUUAUAAACGUCGAAGAAAUUGCAUCUGUAGAUAUGGAGACGUGUUGUGUUAACAUUGCACCAACAGAAAUUUUAAUUUAUGAAGAACUACCAACAUAUAACCAUACGAUAACUGAUUUGCAACCAGGAUCAACAUAUUCGGUUGGAGUUUCAACUGUAUCCAAAUCAUUAUGGCACAGUUCACCGUCUAGACUGUCAGUUACAACAUUUACAACCAUUUAAGAAAUGUAAAUAUUAUUAUAAAUAUUAAUAUUAUUGUUUCUAAUAUUUUUUGUUUUUUGUUAUACAAUAAGAAUUUACAAUACGUGUAUGUUUUUGAAAUUUAUAAAACAUAAUAU